CCCCAAAUUAUAUGAAUUUUCAUCACAUCAAAACCCUAGACCAUUCAUAGUGCUUGAAACUGGAAUUGGUAAUUACGAUGCAAAUCUGUUCAAUAAACUCGUCAAUCGCGCCACUACAUGCUUCAUUCGUUCAUCAGAAUUCCUUAACACUUCAUCACUUUCCUUCCUUAGUUGGAUUGUCAACGCAGAAUUCGCAACUGCGAAUUCAUCGGAGUAUCAAAAGAUACUCGAUUCAAUGUUCGGUAGAAGAAACAAAGCCGGUGAGCUUGAGAACUUGUAAGCAAUGUAAAACACAAUUCGAUCCUUCUCUCAAUCAUCCCCAAGCGUGUCGUUUUCACACUGCGCAUUUUGGCGGAGAAACCAAGAGGAAAUUCGAGAGUGUGUAUAGUGGAGGCACCAUGAAUACGCCUGAAUCUGGUAAAGUGUUCCAGUAUUGGCAUUGCUGUGGAUCUGAAGAUCCCUUUGACAUUGGCUGCACUGCUUCUCCACAUUCUUCAUAUGAUGAUUGAUACAAAAGGUUUAUUACUUCAUUUCAACCCAAAUUUCUUUGAUCUGUUGUAUCACCUAUUCAAAUUCUAUCUUGUUCUUGAAACAUAUACUAAUAUGAGUCCACUAUCUUCAUUGGAUUAUUAUGACAAUAGGCAAAAUGACAAUUUUGCCCUCAACCUCAAAUUUAUACAUGCUCUGCCCAUCUCAUGAAUUGUACGAUUUGGUCAAUUUUGCCCUCAGCCUUCAUAUUGGAGACAUGUACUUUCGUUAGUCAUGCAAAAAUGUUGUAGAUGCAAUGUGUAUAUCUUUAAUAAUUAUUGUAAUUUGCAAAAUAUAAACAGUUUUUAUGUAAUUUGUGAGAUAUUGAUAUUAUAGCAUCAUUUGGUUCA